AUGCGUGCUUUCAUUGUAUUGUGCUUGGUGGCUGUUGCCUGCGCCGACAAAUUGGGCUAUAACUAUCACCCAGUUGGCCAUUCCUCCAGUGGAUUGUCUUUCACCCCCGGCUCUGGUGCUUCCUACAGCGGCAAUUCAGGUGCUUCCUUCGGUUCAGGCUCUGGUUCCAGCUUUGGUUCAGGCUCCUUCGGUUCGGGUUCCUCCAUCGGUUCCACCUUCGGUUCAUCGGGCUCCUCAUUCGGAUCUGGUGCUUCUUAUGGUGCUGCCAGCAACAAUGUUGGUUCCUAUGCUGCUCCAGCCGCAACCUUAGAAAAGGAAUUCUACACUUUCUCUGCCAAUGAUGCUGACUUCAAUGAACCCGCUGCCUCCAACAACUUCAACGCCAUUAUCAAGAAAAAUCUCCGUGUUAUCUUCAUUAAGGGACCCGAAAACAAUCACUUGGAAGAUGCCGUCCUCGGCUUGGCCAAACAAGCUGCUGAACAAAAGACCGCCAUCUAUGUCCUCAACAAACAAACUGACCUCUCCGGUUUGGCCGAAAAGAUCAACACCGUCAGCACCAACGUCAACCACAAACCUGAAGUCCACUUUGUCAAAUACCGUACCCCUGAAGAUGCCGCCAACGCCCAACGUGCCAUCCAAAGCCAAUACGACAGCUUGGGUGGUACCUCUCAAAGCUUCAAUGGAGGUGUUGCUCCUGCCUUGAACUUCGCUUCCCAAUCAACUCGCAUUGCUCCUGGUGCCUUUGCUGCCCCCAGCGCUACCUAUCUUCCCCCAUCUGUCUUGCGUCGUCUCCGCCACAAAUAAAUUAAUUAUUAAUAUUUAAUAAUUACUUUAUUUAGU